UGUAGAAAUAAUAUAUGAACACAAGUUUUAUUCCGCGUUGAAUUUUAAAUAUGGUUUUUAUAAUUUCUUAAUUUGUUUUAUUAUAAUUACAUAUGGGGCUAAUUUAAUAAGAAAAAACAUUUUUUCAAUAAAAAAAAAUAAUGAAUUUAUUUUAUUUGAUACCUGUUGCGGUAAUUGACCUAGGCAUCGCAUUAACCAAUCAUAUAUACAGAGAAUGUGAGGAGAAUAAUCGUAAAAUAUUCAAUGCAAUGCUUAUAGAUUGUAAAUAUCAAUUGAACAAAGAAGGUAUCAAUAAAUUAAAACGCAUGUAUAAGGAGUUUGAAAAAAAUGAUUGUAUUACUUCAAUGGAUUUUAAACAAAUACUCAGAAUUUUAGGUUUUAAAUCAUGGAAAUUGUGUGAUAUGAUGAGGAAAGUUAACAUUGAUAUUAAUGUAAACCAAACUAUAGAACUAGAAGAGUUCAUUUCUUCAAUGACCAUUUUAAUUAAGAGUGCUGUAGAAGAGUUACAAGAUCAUUAUAAUAAAUUUAACAAUGGCGGAGAUGACUAUCUCAGUAUAGAUAAAAUACGUCUUGGAUUACGAAUGGUUGGGUUGCUUAACUCAAAAAUUGACGCAAUUUUAUUGAGCCUUGGAAUUGAAGGAGACGUUAAUAUCAAUUAUAAAAGUAAUUAAGAAAUCAAUGGACUCGUGAAUUACUUUUUGAUGAAAAUAUUAGUUUCAAUGCAAAACUGAAGAGAUAUUACUUUUAUUAUGUGUUUUUUUUUGUCUAUCACCUCGUACAGGAAGUUUUUACUGAAGCAAGAAUUCUCAAUUAUAUACCAAAAUAAUUACUGUCAGUUUAGGUUAAGGACUUUACCCUCAAAAAUUGAUAAAAAAUGUUAGAACAUUAAAAAUGUUCUAACAUUUUUACUAAAAAUUAAAAAUGCUUUUUUAUUAUUUUUAAAGUAAUGUAAUGUAGAAUAGCA